AUGGAUAUCCCAUGUGGCGUUAUUCCGACGGUUUCGACAUGUAAGUGAGUUAUGAGUUUAGAUUAGAUUUGAGAAGUUUCCGUGAAUGAUAGGGUCAGAACUAGUUUCAUCUUGUUCUGAAACAGGGUUACUGAUGAAGUUAAAGCAAUAUUAUGCAGGUAUUGCAACCUCUCGUUUGCUAGCCGAAGCACGCCAAUUAAAAGAGUACCCCGUUGAUGGUUGUGAAGCGUUUCCCCAGGAUGACAACGUCCUCAAAUGGGUAUCUGUUGUAAAAGGCCCUAAGGGCAGUUUUUACGAGAAUGGAGUAUUUUUCUGUGAGAUUAUAUUCAACCGAGAUUAUCCAUACAGUCCUCCAGAUGUAAGAAUGUCUUGACGAAAGCAGUUGUUUAGAUUUCAUUUCUGACAAGGAUUUACCAUCAGUCGAUAGAUGAGAAAGGUCAUGUUGAUCUACCGCUGUUGGAUCAUUGGAAGCCAUGCCUCGGCGUCGCUGACGUUCUGGAAGCGCUUAGAUUUCUUUUGCGAAAAAAACCUCAGCAGUUCGAAGAGGAGCUGGAAUUCGAGUUUACAGCUCGGGAAUGGACAAACAGAUAUGCCGUCUGA